CGCCCCUCGCGACCCCCCGGGACACCCCCCGGGGCGCCGUGCCCUCCCCCCGGUUCCCCACCCCGGGACCGGGGCCCGCCCGCCAUGGCGGCGGCGCCGGCGGCCGAGAGGCCCAAGACCUCCCCGAAGUCCAUCAAGUUUCUCUUCGGCGGCCUGGCCGGGAUGGGGGCCACUGUCUUCGUGCAGCCCCUGGACCUGGUGAAGAACCGGAUGCAGCUGAGUGGGGCCGGGGCAAAGGGGCGUGAGUACCGCACGUCCCUGCACGCCCUGGGCUCCAUCCUGCGCCACGAGGGGCUGCGGGGUGUCUACACGGGGCUGUCAGCAGGGCUCCUGCGCCAGGCCACCUACACCACCACCCGCCUGGGGAUCUACAGCGUCCUGCUCGAGCGGUUCGGGGGCCCCGACGGGACCCCCCCUCCGUUCCUGGCCAAGGCCGCCAUGGGGAUGACAGCGGGGGCUGCGGGGGCCUUUGUGGGGACCCCUGCUGAGGUCGCUCUGAUCCGCAUGACGGCUGAUGGCAGGCUGCCCCCUGGCGAGCGCCGCGGGUAUCGCAACGUGUUUGAUGCCCUCGUGAGGAUGGCGAGGGAGGAGGGGGUUCUCACACUGUGGAGGGGCUGUAUCCCCACCAUGGCCCGCGCCGUGGUCGUCAAUGCUGCCCAACUUGCCUCCUACUCCCAAUCCAAGCAAUUCCUGCUCGACUCUGGGCAUUUCCGUGACGACAUCCUGUGCCACUUCUGUGCCAGCAUGAUCAGCGGGCUGGUGACCACGGCCGCCUCCAUGCCCGUUGACAUCGUCAAGACCCGGAUCCAGAACAUGCGGACUGUCGAUGGGAAACCCGAGUACCGCAACGGGCUGGACGUGCUGGUGAAGGUGGUGCGGUACGAGGGGUUCUUCAGCCUCUGGAAGGGCUUCACCCCCUACUACGCCCGCCUGGGCCCCCACACCGUGCUCACCUUCAUCUUCCUCGAGCAGAUGAACAAGUGGUACCAGCGGCUCUUCCUCAGUGCCUGACCCCCACUCUGGGGGGGAGGUCAGGGGGAUCUGAUCCCAUUCUGGGGGCUCUAUAGGGGCAUCUGACCCCCCCCCAGAGGAGUCUGGGGGAGGGUCUGACGUCCCCCUCGAGGGCUGGGGGGGUGCCUGACUCCCAACGGGGGGGGGGGUGCUCUGUAGGGAUGCCUGUCUCCCCCACCCAUCAAGGCUAUGAAGUAGCCCUGGGGCCCUAUGGAGGGGUCUUGGGCCCUACUGGGGUGCAUGACACCCUCCCCAGGGCUAUAGGGACCCCAGGGGCCCUAUGGAGAGGUCCUGGGCUCUAUAGGGGCGCUUGAUGCCCAACAUGGGGGUAACAGGGGGGUUCCUGGGGGGUGUCUCGUCCCAAAGGGACAGCCCUAGACUUCCUAUGGAAAACGUAGGGUGUCCUGUAGGGGCCCCCCUACUCCAUGUGCCCUCUUCUCACACCCCCUGGGGGUUUUGUUACCAGCCAACGUCAAGAUCACACUGUGGGGCAAGAGCCCCCCGAAGCCCCCCCCAACCCCUUCCCCGUGCUUUGUUAAUGAAUCAUGAAUCGUGAUCAUGUAAUUAAAGCAAAACCCCACAACGA